GACCCCGUUGAUGGCACCAGGCGACGGCCGACAUGUCCAGAGAUUAUUUGUAAGCAUGAAAUCCAUGUUUGCGUGUUGGCUGGGAUGAAAUCUGGGCGCUCAGAUCUAGACAAGAGGACGAUUGAAAUCCCCAACCAAAUCCUUUUGCUCAAACAACUGACCGCAAGGCAUCGUUGUUCCGUGGGAAAUUCAACUGCAUUACGAUUCUCAUGGGAAUUUUCACUUUAUGUUUUCUGUUUUCGUAGGCAUCCAUCCCACCAGUCGACUGAAUUGUCGAAUUCUAUGGGUGCAAGUUCUUCCAGUCCCGCUUCCACGACUUCGAACUCUUCUGUUGCUCUACCCAUCGGUCCACCUUCGUGUCAUAUCGAACAGAAGUUCCGUGGAAAGAAGAAGGUGUACCAGUCCCUCUCUGCAGAGGUCACUCCACGAAAUCAAAAACGUAGACUGCCAACCACACCGUGGACUUCCUUAGGUGAACUAACUCGACGCAUGAAACAACAUUUGUACUGUUAUUCGGAAAAAAAUCGGGAAUCGCCGACACCUCAUAAAAACCGUAACACGCCAACGGGCACGGAAAACCUUACGGUGGACUCUAGACAUUGUGUUGCAUCCCCACCUUUGCUGAUAGAUAAUUCGCAUUCUGGGCAUAUUUCUGGACGGUCGAUUUCUGCGCAGGUCGCCACCAGCGUUGACUAUGCUCAGCGUACGCCCGUCCUUGUGAACACGCUUGGUUCUGCAGAGCGACAACUUAAAUGUGUUUCCUUUCUUGAGACCCAACGGUCAUCAGCAGCACAGGCGCAUCCUAAUCGUUGCCCUGUUCCUACUUCCUCCGUAUCCUCAUCUCUUCUCUCCAAUCGACCAUCUUUAUCCUUGUCCGCCGUACUGUCUGCCCCGUUGCAGUUAGUCAGAACCUCUCCAAAACCGACCGCUGAACCUGAUCUACCCCAAUCGACACUCAGUCCGCAAAGUAAACCUACGCCUCCUACCAAGCCCAUGGUUCUUCAAACUCCCUCAUCUGGAACUGGCAGUGAUUCAACGCAAACGAGGGUCGAAUUGUCCUUGACUUUUAAGCAUAUGGGUAACGUUGCGCGCAUACCACUCAAUCGUUCCCAUUCACGCACAUCCCCCUAUGACCGUUCCCACCGCUCCACAUCCCCAGAGCCGUCCGCAGUAACAACCCAAAAAGAACCGAAUGGAUUGACGGACAACCGAACUAGUGCCUUCCACCUGCCACAUCAGCCUAACCGUCCACGGGAUCUUGACAUUCCUUCUCCUGACUCAGCAAAUAAACCUUCCAUGCCUUUAUCCAGUUCUCCAAGAAAUGACCCGUAUUCAGAGGAUUCUCCAACUAGACGAACACAGUCGCCUGAUCUCAGUCUGUGCAGUUUGGCCUCCGAUGAUUUGAUGUUGGAUACAGGCCUCCCCUCCCCAGUAGCCACACCCGACAGUGAGCUCGACAUCCGGAUGAAGAGAGAUAAAUUUUUUGGAUUGCGAGACUCUAUGGUUUACAGUCGUUUGGAGUCCGUAACCGAGCUAAGCCAUGACGAUUUGUCACACCCUGAAGUACCGGAGCUCCGAGAAAUGGCUGGUAACAGUAGAGGGCACUGUUCUCCUAUACGAGGGCAGAGAGAUUUGCAGCAAAAAAAACUGCAGGACCCUGAUAGUCCAAUUUGUAUUUGCCCGUCAUCUGCGAAUUGUGAUUGCAAAUCAUGUGAAGACUGUUCUUCGUUCCACAAUCGUCGGCGGCGUACGACGGUUUCGGUCUCAGGUUCUUUCGGUCGGUUUAGUUUACGUCGUCUUCGAUCACGUCCACGCUCAUUAUCUUACUCCCAAGCCGCCGCUAGCCUAGACCCAAGUGGCAACGAAGGUGUGGCAAAUUUGGGCGAUCGGACCUUUUAUCUCUUGGGCACUGACCAACGUCAAAUGCUGCAGGAACUCCAAAGUGUGAAAACAACUUUGCUUAGACUUCGACGACUGCUGAGUGAAGAUCAGUGGCAUCUGCCAGUAUUCCACGAGCAGCUGAGAAUGACUGAACCAACCAAAAGCUCCCAUAUCCGACCAUCACUUCCUCCUGAAUGGCUGUCCCCUUUGGAUUCUGACGCGUCCGAACCCAGUUCUCACCUUUCAUCGGCACUAGGCCAUCAGCAGAUGACGUAUGAUUCCGUAUCACGCGAACCUGCUUGGGUGGACAACAAGGGGGACAUGGUUUCAAACAAGUCCAUGGAGAUGUCAUGCAGGAACGCUGACGGCAUGUAUUCUGUUCGAUCUCCACGGUUCUCCGUGGACUCGGAUGUCGUCACCAAGUUAGUUGAGGUCCUCUCUGGUCUCAUCCCUCGACGGUUGACUGAGCACCGGGAGAGUCAGACCCGCGAAGAGCAAGCUGGGCUCCAUCCUGCAAUAGGAUGCAUCGAUCACAUCUACAUCCUCCGACAAAUUCUGGAACAUCUGCACUGCUUCCAGCAACUAACAGCAUGUGGGUUCCUUGUCUCGAAAGCUGAUUUUGAUUCUGUGGACGUCAGACACUAUAUCAGUGCGACCCUACGUACACAGCCGUUCACCACCUCCCGCGACCGUGUGAAGGUCAGUGGCAAGCUCUCGCCUGAGUUCACCACAUCAAGUGGAGUCAUGCAAGGCUGUUGUGACGUCGAAGUUCUCCUGGGGUUUCCGCUCACAGCUAUCGAGUACUCAGACAGCAUAGCUGUUAUUGGAUCUGACGCCGUGGUAAUGCAAACAAUAUUAGAUAAUCUAAAUAAUUCCGCUUCGUGGUUUGGCAUGCGCUUCAUACCUGCAAAGUGUAAAGUGCUACUGCAAGACUGGGUUGGCUUGAACCCUAGCCUCAUGCUUGCGGAUGAACCGAUUGAGGUAGUAAAGAAGUGUGUCUACCUGGGCAUCUGUAUUAGUCCCGAUAGUCUCGCGAAAGAUGAUAUUUCCAUCCGGAUUGUGAAAGCCAGUGCAACUUUUGUGAACCUUCUUCACCUGUGGUGUAGGCAUGAUAUCAGCUUAUCCGUGAAGGGUCGAUUUUAUGAUGCUGCGGUGCCCUUCCAGAGGCUCCUUUUAUCCAGGUUUGCAACCAAUGGGUUGCGUGAGCGGCUACUGAGUCAUCCUGAUGGUAUCUGCCGAUCCAAACUAGUCAAACCCAUUGUUCGGCAUCUAUUGUGCGUUGUGAAGAACGAUGGGUAUUCCCGUGGUACUUGCUGCUAUUAUCAAGGGCAUGCUCUUCCGGAUCUGUCUUCAUAUACACGCAGUUUGACGCACGAUGUGAAUAGCAAUAAUCCAGAGGAUUGGCAUCCAAUUUAUCGACUCAAAACGAUGCCAUAUAUCCAGGCCGCCUCACGUCUCAAGUUUUUGCUAACAACUGUGUUGUUGGUCGGCACUCCACCCAUCAUCUUUGCUGCUCAGUACAGCUAUGUAUCCAGUGGAUUCACCUACUUUUUCGUCGGUUCAACAAUCUUCUCACUGUGCACUUUGGCCGCAUUCAGCUACUAUUCCACAAAGCUCAUUGGAGUGUAUCGGGGCGAGAAGCGUCGGGCUCAAGAUGCUCGAUCCAGAUUGGCUGGCAUUCUGACCACUCAGGUCAUGACUUCGUUUGGUCCGUAG